ACCCAAGGGCCUCUUCCACCUCCGAGGCAUGGCACCCUCUUGACCUUUGUUCCUGUGCAGUUUAUAUCCCUGUUUUGCAGCAGCUGCAGAAAGGGAGGCCGGGGCACAGCUCGGGAGUGCCACUUACUGGCAGCCUGGAGCCAGGAGCCUGGCAUUCCCAGCACCAGACAAAGGCCAGUUGAUCUUUGACCCCCGCCCCCCCCCAGAAGCCUUGGCCCUGCCUCUGCCCGCCUUUCUUUCUUCCCUGCUGGCCUCUCCCUCUGCCCUCGCUCCUCAUUCCCUGGCUUUCCUGCUCCGACUGGCAAUUUUUCCCAACUCUUUGCCCAAACCAGUCCUUCCAUGCUGUCUUCAAGCCCUACUUCCUGCACAUCUCCCAACCCGGACAAGGAGAAUCCAAGUAAGAAGGUCCAGUGGGCUUCUGGGAGGAGGAGGAGGACAUCAUCCACGGACUCCGAGUCAAAGUCCCAGUCCGACCCCUUCCGACCCCGGUCCCGGAAACCCAGCCGGCUGACGGUGAAGAUCAACCAACUUCUUCAGAGCCUGAGAUCGACCUGGAGGCUCUCAUGGAACUACCCACAGAGGAGCAGAAGACUCAGUUGGAGGCUAUUCUCCAAAACUGCCCCCGCCCCACAGAGCCUUUUAUCUCUGAGCUGCUCAGUCAACUCAAGAAACUUCAGAGACUCAGUCGACCUCAGAAAUAAGCCUUGUGAGACUAGCUUCAUCAGCCUCAGCACUGCCCAGUCUGCCCUGAACCCCUGGAUCCUCGGCUGGGUGGGAAACAGCUCCUUGGGACCCAGAAGAGGAACAUGGAGAAUGAGGAGGGACAUUUGAACACCACUGUCUAUGUGCAGUCACAGCUGGCUCCUGUCAGCUGCACUGUCUGGGAGGCAGUCAUGGCUGUUGCCCAGUGCUUUCCCAUCAGCCAAGUGGAUAAAACCUUCAGGAGCCCCA